AUGUCGUAAUGCCGGUCGUUCAACUCCCGCAGGAUGCUUAACGCCAGGUUAAAGGUGGUUAAACGGUACCUGCGUGCCAACCGCGUUUGAAGUUCCCUAAAAGGAUGCGGUUUCCCCGCCCGUGCCAUCCUCCGCUUCCCAUUCCAUCAUGGCUGUGCAGCGCUUCCAGCGACUAGCUAGCCCGAAUCCGGAUCGACUCGUCUCAUGCGCUCGUAUCGACAUUUAGACCACAUUUAGACCCGCGCUGCUGCUCGUCUUCUUCUUUGUAAUCCUCUCGACUUUUUUUUCCUAUAUACAUGCUCGGUCUUGGCCUUGCCUUGGCCCGCCCCUUGGUUGGUGAUUGGGUCAAUGAUUCGGUCUUGGCUGCCAUCAUGAUUCCUCCACGGAGCCGAUGCUGCGGCACCACGCUGCCAUCAUAUCUCGGCUUCGCCAUUCUUGGCCUCGUCAACACAGUCGUCCCCUUCAUCGUCUUCUCCGCCAACUACCUCAUCAUUCCCUACCCGCGCUGGGUCGUCAUCCUCAUCGAAACCCUCCCCGCCCUCAUCACCAAGCUCGUCGUCCCGCACUUCCUCCACCAUGUGCCCUACUGGAUGCGACCGCUCACCGCCGGCGCCUGCUGGAUCCUCGUGGCCGUCGUCACCAACGUGACUCCGCCAAACGUCGCGCCGCCAUUGAGGAUCUUCACCACCGUCUUGGCCGCCUCCGCCGCCGCGGCCAUGGAGGUCUCGUUCCUCGGCAUGACGCGCUACUACGGCAAGGCGGGCCUGGCUGGCUGGGGAGCGGGCGUUGGCGCUGGCGCCCUGUUCUGCGCGGUGCUGCCCUUUGUUCUGACCGUCUGGAUGGAGGCCUUCCUGCGCACCUUUAUUGACCUCAUCUACGUCUUGACUGGGGCCAUGCUGGUGGGCUUCUUCGCCAUCCUACCCGGAGCGCCAGUCAACUACCCCGACACCCAACGGAAGCGCAGCAAGGACGAUAUUGAGGAUGGCCCCGAGAGCGCAUUCUUCUUAAUGUUCGAUCCUCUAGAGGAGCUCACUCGCCUGUUGAGCACAGAGAACCGAGUCGCUCUGAUCAAAGCCGUGGUCCGCCCUUACAUGGUUCCUUUGUUCAUCGCAUUUGCGACCCAGACCCUCAUCUUCCCGGGAAUCUCCCGCGCCCUGCCAGUCUCUCCGGCUUUCGAGACAUUCUUCUCCUACUUCACCACCUAUGGCUUCGCCUUUCAGCUGGGCGGCUUUGUCUCGCGAACCCUGACACCGCUAUUCCGGGCUCGCAGCACCAAGGCCCCCUUCGCCAUCCUAGGGCUCGCAGCAGCCGUCGUGCUAAUCAACGCCACCUUCUCCCUCUUCUCCUCACCCGUCCUCAUUGGACUACUAGCUUUCUGCGCCGGGCUUAUGGGAGGCGCCAUCUACAUGAUUGUUAUGGGAAAUGUCUUGGAGGACAAGACCUCGGAGCCGGGCAUCAACCAGGAGUUCUGUCUGCAGGCUGUAGGCGCUGGCGAGACCGCAGGCACCAUGGUUGGUGGCCUGUUGGGGUCCAUUUUGGAAGCGAGUUUUUGUAAAUGGGAUAUUGGGGCUGGGGCAACACAUCGAUGGUGCCAAACAAGCAAGUAGAAGGGGAAAAUUAUUAGAAUCCGUAUUAAAAUGAAUCACCGUAUCAGUCAUCUUCCACAUCUGGACCACCCGACUUUGACCUGGACGACCGCUGAG